CUCUCCCCUCUCUCUUGUAUGUGUCUCUGUUGUAGGACUGGCUAUGGCCACCACUACUUCCGGGUUCCGUCAUUUCAUUCUCCCGCCGAUCAGCGCUGCAAAACUGAGCCUCUUCUAUAAGCCAGCCAGCAGCCAACCUGCCAACACUUACUGACACUCACUCAUCUCAGAGGGAGAGGUGAAGAGGGAGACAAAAUACCUACCGGGGAAAAAAAAAAAGAACGGAGGAAGUCCACGUUUUGCAAACUAUUCCAUUUUUCUUCGCAUCCUACCCCACCCUCCCCCUCCCGGUAGUUAAAAAAAAGGGGGGAGAGAGGGAGAAAAGAACCUAUAGCUCUCCUACAAGACAAACCCCAAACGCGGAGUUACUGAGAGAAGAACCCGAGGUUAAAAAGAUUCCUCUUUUCUUCUUCAUCAUCAUCAGCCAUCAUUCAUUCACUACCUUGACAUUCCAUGGCUUUGAUUGACAGCUGGAGUGGCAAAAAGCCAUGAGACACGACAGUUUGGUUACAUGUGGGUUGCUGACGGGCCGAUCGUAACCUUCAGUUGGGGGGUUGACGAUUUUUAAUUUUUUUAAAUUAUUAUUAUUUUUUACGCAAAGGAAGAAAAAAAGGAAAGAGACAGAGAAAGGGGAAACGGAGAAGCAGCGCGCGGGAAAAAAGAAGAUCACAAACUCGACGGGGUUCUUUGCCUACUUUUUAUUGUUAUUGCUGUUGUCUUUUAUGAUUAUUUAAGCGUGCUGGAGAAGUCUAUAAGUGGGUCGAAAGGACAAGGGGGAAAAGGGAUUCUUCUUCUUCACCACUCAAUCACUUUUUGUUGUUGCUGCUGGACUGGGAUAUUAAAUAUAGGACACCUCCAGGAGUUUAUCGGAGCGCAGACUGAUGGCGCAAAGGUACGAUGAGCUGCCUCAUUACGGCGGGAUGGACGGAGUAGGGGUACCUGCUUCCAUGUACGGAGACCCUCACGCCCCCAGGCCGAUCCCCCCAGUCCACCACUUGAACCACGGGCCGCCACUCCAUGCCAGCCAGCAUUAUGGAGCCCACGCCCCGCACCCCAAUGUCAUGCCGGCCAGCAUGGGAUCGGCUGUCAACGACGCCCUGAAGCGGGACAAGGAUGCGAUCUACGGGCACCCGUUGUUCCCCCUCUUAGCUCUGGUCUUUGAGAAGUGCGAGCUGGCGACCUGUACCCCGCGAGAGCCUGGGGUGGCCGGCGGAGACGUCUGCUCCUCAGACUCCUUCAACGAGGACAUCGCCGUCUUCGCCAAACAGGUUCGGGCGGAAAAGCCACUUUUUUCUUCAAAUCCAGAGUUGGACAAUUUGAUGAUCCAAGCAAUACAAGUCUUAAGGUUUCACCUUUUGGAAUUAGAAAAGGUCCAUGAGUUGUGUGAUAAUUUCUGCCAUCGGUACAUUAGCUGUUUGAAAGGCAAAAUGCCCAUAGAUCUAGUUAUUGAUGAAAGAGAUGGCAGCUCCAAAUCUGAUCAUGAAGAGCUCUCAGGAUCAUCCACAAACUUAGCAGACCAUAAUCCUUCCUCUUGGAGAGACCACGAUGAUGCAACCUCAACGCACUCAGCAGGCACACCAGGGCCUUCCAGUGGGGGCCAUGCUUCCCAGAGUGGAGACAACAGCAGUGAGCAAGACUGCCAGCCAAAUGAACACUUUAGGAGGAGGUGUAUAAAUAUGUCUGCAGCACCCAGAGAGUUAAUCCACCCCAUUGUGCAUAGGUGUUGGAGCUCUUAUGGGGAUGGUUUAGACAACAGUGUAGCCUCUCCCGGCACAGGGGAUGAUGAUGAUCCAGACAAGGAUAAAAAGCGGCAGAAGAAAAGAGGAAUUUUCCCCAAAGUAGCAACAAAUAUCAUGAGAGCAUGGCUGUUCCAACAUCUCACACAUCCGUAUCCUUCAGAGGAGCAGAAGAAACAGUUAGCCCAAGACACGGGACUUACAAUUCUACAAGUAAACAACUGGUUUAUUAAUGCCAGAAGAAGAAUAGUACAGCCUAUGAUUGACCAGUCAAAUCGAGCAGGUUUUCUUCUUGAUCCUUCAGUGAGCCAAGGAGCAGCAUAUAGUCCAGAGGGUCAGCCAAUGGGAAGCUUUGUACUGGAUGGUCAGCAGCACAUGGGAAUCCGGCCUGCAGGUUUGCAAGGCAUACCAGGGGACUACAUAUCUCAGGGUGGUCCUAUGGGUAUGAGUAUGACACAGUCAAGUUACACUCCUCCCCAGAUGACCCCACACCCUACUCAAUUAAGACAUGGACCCCCUAUCCAUUCAUAUUUGCCAAGCCACCCCCAUCACCCAGCCAUGAUGAUGCACGGAGGACCCCCUACCCAUCCUGGAAUGACCAUGUCAGCACAGAGCCCCACCAUGUUAAAUACUGUAGACCCCAAUGUCGGUGGACAGCUUAUGGACAUUCAUGCCCAAUAGUAUAAGGAAACUCAAGGGAAGAAAAAAAACUAUUUUAAGACUUUUGAACUUUGACCAGAUGUUGACACUUAAUACACAAUUCCAGACAGCUGUGAUUACUUUUUACUUUUGUCAUUUUUCAUCAACAACAGAGGACCAAUGGAAACAAGAACACAAAUGUGAAAUCAUGGGCUCACUGAAAACAAUCUAUUGUCCAUGUAAAGAUCCUCUGGGGGGGAAAAAGACUCCAAGAGUUAUAACUACUGUAGUAUAUAAACAUAGGAACUAAGUUAACUUGUAUAUUUCUGUUGAUCACUCCGUUAUGUUGCCUCAAAUAGUUUUAGAAGGAGAAAAAAUAUCCUUGUUUUCCACACUAUGUGUGUUGUUCCCAAAAGAAUGACUGUUUUGGUUCAGCAGUGAAGUCACUAUCCAUGAAAGACGAAAGUAUAUUUCAGACCUGUUUUGGCCAGUGAGAAAAGAAUUACCCUGGAGAUGAAGUUGAAGUCUUGCUGGGUCUCUCGUCACUCAGAAGACAGUUCCAAGAAGGCCUUGCCAUCCCCUGGUUUUGUUCCUUCAUAAAUGUGUCCUUUAGUUUCAAACAGAUCUUUUAUAGUUUGUGCUUCAUAAGCCCAAGAUAUUUUUGGACUCUUUUUUUUCAAAGAGCUUGCCGGUGAAAAUUUAAAAGGACAGAGCAGGAGCCUUCUUCUAGUAGUUCUGAGCCCUUGGCUUGGGACAAGACAAAUCAGAAGGUUGGGCAGCUUUCCUCAACAAAAGAAGAUACUAAUGGUCUUUGCACCAAACCUAGAACAUUAUCAUGAACUCAGAGCUUGGGAAAAAGCAAGAGAAUACUGUAACAAACUUCGUACAGAGUUCGGUCUAUUAAUUGUUUCAUGUUAGAUAUUCUAUGUGUUUACCUCAAUUGAAAAAAAAAAGAAUGUUUUUGCUAGUAUCAGAUCUGCUGUGGAAUUGGUAUUGUAUGUCCAUGAAUUCUUCCUUUCUCAGCACGUGUUCCUCACUAGAAAAAAAAAUGCUGUUACCUUUAAGCUUUGUCAAAAUUUACAUUAAAAUACUUGUAUGAGGACUGUGACGUUAUGUUUUAAAGAAAAAGGUGUUAAGUCACAAAAUGCGGUAAUAAAUAUUUCAUUUUUGAUUUUU